CCCAGCAAUCCCUCCCAGAGAUCCAGCCCUCCCCGCCGCCCUUCCCUUGGCUGGAUGCUGCGGGGGCUUCAGCUGAGCAUCCCACCGCGGGUCCGAUCCGUGUGUCACACGCCUCGGUGGCUCAGGGAGCGCCACGCUCAGGACGUGCCCUGGGGCUUCCCAGCUUUUUGCUGGAGCUGCUGAGCUGGGAGGGGCCGAGCCGGCAGCUCCCCAUAAACCUGGCGGCUUAGAGCAACUCCUGACAGAUGUUGGGACUCUGCCUCGGAGCGGAGGCUGGGAAGGAGAGAGGGCGGCUCUUGCCCGGAGAGCGAGGAGGAGAGCUCGGCACCCCUGCCUUGAACUUUAGCACCCUCUUCCGCGGAGUUUAAAGCCGAGGAUCGCCGGAUCCCGAGCAGGAUAGCCGGGCAGGCGCAGGGCUGGAGCAGACCAGAAGCCAGAGCAACUUUCUCUGACGAGGACUUUGUGGAGCUCUUCACAAAGAAAUAACAGCAGGGAAAAGCCGCAGGAAGCGUUUCCAGCGCUCGGGACCGGCUCCGGGCCGCCGGCAGCCCGUGCGAGGAGCCCGUCCCGCCGUGCAGAUGUGUGCGAUUGGAGCAGCGUGAGUUUAUUUUCCUUUGACUGAAGGCAGCCCAGCCCCGGCGGAUUAAGCUCUUUGUGUGCACGCCAGUGUGCCUUGAUGGAAGCUGCUCCCGCAAAAUCAGCUGCGGGGGUUGUGGGGAGCAUCCUCUAGGUCAGGGAGCCCUCCUGGAGGAGGGGGAGAGCUCCUGUUUUGGUGGCUCUGAGGCGAUGCCGGGACAGUAACACCCUUGGCAGGCAGCACAGUGCUUCGGGAUGGCCGUCUAUGCCCUCACGGGUUUCUCGCUCGUCAGCCUGCUCAGCUUUGGCUAUUUGUCUUGGGACUGGAUGAAGCCCGGUUUGGUGGCCGAUGUGGCCACAGACCCCAUGGAGAAAUCCCUGCCUCCCACCUUCACCAGGCCACCCCACAUCAUCUUCAUUCUGACUGAUGACCAGGGCUACCACGACAUCGGCUAUCACGGCUCAGAUAUCCAGACGCCGACGCUGGACAGGCUGGCAGCAGAGGGUGUGAAGCUGGAGAAUUACUACAUCCAGCCCAUCUGCACCCCGUCCCGGAGCCAGCUGAUAACUGGCAGGUACCAGAUCCACACAGGAUUGCAACACUCCAUCAUCCGCCCUCGGCAGCCCAACUGCCUGCCCCUCGACCAGGUCACCCUGCCACAGAAGCUGCAGGAAGCCGGCUACUCCACACACAUGGUGGGCAAGUGGCACCUUGGCUUCUACAAGAAGGAGUGCCUGCCCACCCGCCGGGGCUUCGACACCUUCCUGGGCUCCCUGACAGGCAACGUGGAUUACUACACCUACGACAACUGCGACGGGCCGGACGUCUGCGGCUACGACCUGCACGAGGGGGAGGACGUGGCGUGGGACCAGAGCGGGAAGUAUUCCACCUUCCUCUACGCCCAGCGCGUCAGCAAGAUCCUGGCAUCCCACAGCCCCAAGGAGCCCAUCUUCAUCUACGUGGCCUUCCAAGCGGUGCACACGCCCCUGCAGUCCCCCAAGGAGUACAUCUACCGCUACCGCUCCAUGGGCAACGUCGCCCGCCGCAAGUACGCAGCCAUGGUGACCUGCAUGGACGAGGCGGUGAAGAACAUCACCUGGGCCCUCAAGAAGUAUGGGUACUAUGACAACAGCGUGAUCGUGUUCUCCACGGACAAUGGUGGGCAGACCUUCUCCGGGGGAAGCAACUGGCCGCUGCGGGGUCGCAAAGGGACGUACUGGGAAGGGGGAGUGCGUGGCAUUGGUUUUGUCCACAGUCCCCUGAUCAAGCGCAAGCGUCGGACAAGCUGGGCGCUAGUUCACAUUACAGACUGGUACCCUACUCUGGUCAGCCUGGCCAGGGGCAACCUGAGCAAUGUCCAAGGCUUGGAUGGAUAUGAUGUCUGGCCUGCUAUCAGUGAGGGCAAGGACUCACCACGCACUGAAAUCCUGCACAAUAUUGACCCCUUGUACAACCACGCCAAGUAUGGCUCCUUGGAGGAUGGCUUCGGCAUCUGGAACACGGCUGUGCAAGCUUCCAUCCGGGUUGGGGAGUGGAAGCUCCUCACUGGCGACCCAGGGUACAGUGACUGGAUACCCCCACAGACCCUGACCAACUUUCCAGGGAGCUGGUGGAACCUGGAGCGUCUCACUGAUGGCCUGAAGAAGUCCAUGUGGCUCUUCAACAUCACUGCCGACCCCUACGAGCGCUACGACCUCUCAGAGCAGCGCCCAGACGUGGUCAGGACCCUCCUGACGAGGCUGGUGCACUACAACCGGACGGCCAUCCCGGUGCGGUACCCUGCGGAGAACCCCCGGGCUCACCCAGACUUCAACGGCGGGGCCUGGGGACCUUGGGCCAGUGAGGAUGAUGGGGAGGAGUGGGAAGGUGGCCGGGAGUCUCUGAAAAGCAGGAACAAGAAGAAGAAGAAGAAGUGCAAGAUCUGCAAGCUGCGCUCCUUCUUCCGCAAGCUGAACACCAGGCUCAUGUCCAACCGCAUCUGACAGGACACUCCUCCAGCAUCCACCCAUCCUGGCCAGGGUGGAGCUCUGGACUGCAGUGCCAUGGGAUGGGAGCGAGGGAGAAGGACAGGCAGGGAGUGGCCAGUGCUUUCUUGCUCUCCCUUGCUCCAGGGUUUACUCCAAAAUACUCCCUGGCUGGAGUGGUGGCCACAGGGAGUUGUUCCCAGUGGGUGAGGAAGGGCAGUGUGGUCUCUGCUGCAGUGCUUGGUGGUGGUGAAUGACUGUGCUGAGCUGGGCUGGCCCUGCACAGCUGCUUCCAAAGAGAGAGACCCUUUCCUCAAGGAUUCUGCAGCCAAUCAUUAGCUUUAAGUGUUGGCCAUCACAAGGGCAGGAGGAAGCAUGGGGGGCUCUGCUUUCACGUUAACCCUCCCCAUUUCUACUUACCCCUGGCUUGCAGCCUGCUGCCAAGCAGCUGCAACCUUUGCUCUUGCUCUGGGAACUCAAGGGCCUCCCCCAAACCCAAGACCACAUUGCUUCUUUGUGGAGCACUGGAUUCCUGACCAUGGAUGUCAGACCUGAGAUUCAACGUGGCUGGACUAAAUCAUGCUGCUACCGUGACCUCAUGCGGGGCUAUGGCUUCCCCUCUGCACUGGCCUGGGGGGCCGGGAGCAGCCCUGAUGAGGAGCUGUGGCCAUGGAGGCAUGGUUGGAUGCUCCCAGAGGAUGUCCCAGAGGACAGCUCUUUGGCCCCACAUUUGGGAGGCAGGUUUGACCCAGGCUCUGGUGGUGGACUGCACAUGGGUCAGAUACCCAGCAGAGCCUUUCACCCAGAAUUUGCCUGGACACCCCCAUCAUCUGCAAGCCUCUAGGCACCCCUGUUCCUCCCUAUGAAUCCUACACAUCCAACCAGCCAACCACCCCUGUCUGCCCCUUCCCAAUGCUGGAGCUGUCCCUGUCCCUCUCCCCACAUCCCAUGGCUGAACCUGGAGCUGAUAGAAGAUCUCCAGAAGGUCUCUGCAGAAGCUGAUCUGCUGUUUUGUAGCUGCAGGACUUUAGAAGCCACGGUGGAGGACGGGGAUGAUUGGGACGUCUCCCGCCUGCCAGCAGCGCGCCACAUCCCCUCGCCGCAGAUGGGCACUGCUCUUCCAGCAGCGCAGGCGUGGGGAGGAAAACACCUCCCCAUCAUCCGCUGCUGUGGGGAGCCAGCCCAUCCCUCACCAGGGGCCAGGGAAGCCAGCGAAGCUCCGGGCCCCCGCGCCUUCGGCGGGGUGAGAGCGCGCACACGCGCUCGCAGGAGAGCUGGCGAGGAGGGAAGGGGGUAAAUAGCUUUGAAAUCGCUUUGGAUGCAUGGUGCAUUUCCAUUUACACAAUGUGUUUUACAUUUCUCCCCACAGGUUUCUCUUGGUGCAGCGUGUGUAGGCGAAGGCCCUGCUGUGAAUUUUGAAAAUAGUUAUUUUUGUCUCUGGAAAAUGAGGCCCGUUAGGACUUGUCAGCUCUUGGAUGAGCAGUGUGGGCUUUCUAUUUUUUUUUUCUUUUCCCCCCUCUCUUUCUCCCUUGCAAAAUAACAUUCAUUUAAAAUCUGUCAUUGAAAGAUGUGACAAUUGGCAGCGUGCACACUGAAUACCUUUCAGUGCUCUUUCAAGCCCUGUGUGUGAGAGAGGGAUGAAGAUGGGAAGAAAAUGACAUGUUUGUAUUUUUUUUUUUUUCUUACUCUUAGCUGGAUUAUUUGGGGGUAAUGGGAUUUUCUCUAGAAACAAAGGAAAAAAACCAGCUGACAGCAAAGCAGAAGAGAGGAGUCUUCUUCUUGUAGAGCUGGGAAGGAGUUUGAAAAGCUGGAGUGUGGCAGUGUGUGUGCCAGUCCCCGCUGCUCCGCGCACGCCCAUUGCUGUGCCAUCCCACUCCGCUGGCUCCCUGCAUCCCUGCAGGCACAUCCCCAGCACAGGGUUCAGAGGGGACUCAGCUCCUCCAUCAGCCCCAUCUCCAUCCCUGCUCCCUUAGCAUGUUGCUCCAAGAGGACUGGUCCACAUGGCAUCACCUGGGUGGAGGUGAGCCCCAGGAGGAAGCUCCACAUCCUCAAACUACCUCAAAUCAGCCAGCCUGGUCCCUGGAGAUGUGCACCAUCAGCGGGACUGCGGCACCUGCUGCCAUUUGGCAAAGCCAAGCAGUUGCUGAAAAUAAAGCAACACUUUGCUGAAGAAGAGGAGGCUGCUGCAGACAGAGCCAAAGCCAGGGGAGAGCAGCGGGUGAUGCUGCAGGGGCUUGGGAAUAAAUAUUAGCUAAGGGAGAGUUGGUGCUGAAGGGAAUGGGAGAGCAGGGCUGGACAUGAUGUGGUGACAACACUCGGGAAACAGCUUUCAUUUCCAUAUUUACAUAAAUGCAUCCAAGUUUAGUCCUUUUAUUUUCUUUUUUUUUUUUUCCAAAAAUGUAAAUUUCCAUGAAAACAUGCUCCAUCUUUCUCCCUUCUCUUUUAUUAACAUCCCCAUGAAAAUGUUCGUCUGCUCUCACUUCCUCUUUCUGGGUUUGGAUCUGCUGGGCUGAUGCUGGGUUUGCAGUCAGCCUGGCCACAGUGGUGGAUCUGCUGUCAUCUGUAUUUUAAUUAAAAAGAGUUGGAUUCUGAA